CAAGCAGAAUCGGCAGAUGACAGUGAUUCUAAAUUGGUUGGAAAACAAAAUACAACAAGAAAGGCCGACAACGUUUCUAAUAACGCGGCAAAAAGGUCAAGAUAAGACAUGGGCGGACAUGACGUAGAAGUAAACAAAAUUGGCGACUCGGAUAAACAUGAAGAUUUCUUCGCUGUUUCCAACAACAUUGUUAAGAAAAAAACUUCCGUAUCAACACAGGACGAAAACUUGCCACCAACGACGACAGGAACAAGUUCUGGUUCAAUUUUGUCCAGGAAAGCUGAGAACUCUCUCCUCUCUUCGUUUAGACAAAAUAAAAAGAGAAAAAUGGAGGCCUUAGAGAGGAGGUUUACGGACCCUCAUAUACAUGUAAAAGCGUGCAAGGAGUUUGAAGUUCUGCAAACGUUGCAGAGGAGGAUAUCCUUGGACAUGCAGCAAUAUGAUAUAAUAGUAAAUUAUCUCACAGAUAAAUAUGGGGAUCUGGAACAACCUCAGAAGAAACGAGUAAAGCUCUCUACUUUACAAGUUUCCAUUGGACUUUAAAACUUUAAAAAACUUGAGGUUAUAACGGGAAAUAACUCUUGCUAAGUUCAGACCAGUCGAAAACUAUAUAUAGACUGUUCAUGUGUUGUUGAGUAAAGAAUCUUUUAUAAUAAAGGAAAUAAAUACCUUUCUAUGUUGUUAAUUGUCAAAUAUUGUACUGUUACAUUUUUGUCCAACCUCUGUGUUUUAAAGAGACAUUACAGCUCGAUUUCCACAUUUAUGGAGAGUGUUUAUUUAAACACUAAUGGAUUAAAUGGUGAAAAAUAUAUCGAUGCUGAAAACUUGAAGCAUGUAAGUUCCUUAAUGAUCUCUACACCUCGUAUUGAAGAUCAGCCGGAAGUUCCUUUCUUGUUUUUAUAGGACCGUC